UUUUUUUAGAUGAUGAUGGAGAGACUGGCUCAGCUUCCAAAUUACUUCGACUUCUUAUGCAAAUGGACGCUAAAGACGUUCUUUUGGUUGUUAGUCGUUGGAAAGGCGGCAAUAAAAUUGGACCAGAUCGUUUUAGGCAUAUUUGUAAUGCUGGACGUGAUGCAUUAAUUUCUGGUGGUUUUGUUGUAGUAAAAGGAGAAGGCGAAAAAAAUAUAUAGCA